UAUCAAUGUCUCUGACAUCGGCAAAUAAAUAAAUCUGGAUACAUUAAAUACAAGUUUCUGAUAAUCAGCUGAAAUGUUAUGCAGAUUGGCCUCUGUGUUGCAUACGGGUAUUUGUUUUCCGAAAACUUGAAACAUAAAACGGGUCGACGUCGAAAUUUAUGGACAUCUUCCUGGAAUAGGAACUUAAAUCGAUAAACACAUUAGAGACAGCUUGGUUCGGCAUUUGAUAAAGCAAAAGGGAUUAGAAAACGAAGAAAACAAAAAGAAAUAAGUCAAGAUGAGUAGCUGUUGGGACGGUUUAGCACGGCUUUUACUGGUAUUGAUCAACAUUGUAUUUUUGCUGAUCGGGUUAGCCAUCACAGUAUGUGGUUUUAUACUCCGUUAUGCCAAGGCUCUGUACGAACCGUUUCUAGAAACUGGUAUGAACCAGUUACAGAAGGUCCUUACCGAAACAAAUCUUGCGAGCUUCAAAGUUACAGACAUUGAUAUCGGAGAGGUUGUGAUGAGCCUGGCGAUAGGCCUGAUUAUUGGAGGUUUGGUUCUGGUCGGCAUAUCUUUCCUAGGAUGUUGUGGCGCGUGCUGCAAAGUCCGUUUUAUGCUCUGGCUUUACGCUAUCGUCAUCAUCGUGUUUGUUGUGGUGGAGGCUGUCGGUAUCGGGUUGCUCUACGGCAAACCAGAUAUGGUCAAGGGUCAACUAAAGAGUCAGAUGAGUGAGUACGAAGGGCUGAAGUCCGAAAAAGUGUUUUCUCUUGGUUGGAACAUCAUCAUGAUUCAGUUCCAGUGUUGUGGUGUGGACAGUUACGAAGAUUUUGACAUGUCGGCACAGUCUAAGUGGAACAACCCAGGCAUCUCUGGCGUAACAACCUUGGAAACGCCUAUUGCUUGUUGCAAAACUCUACCGUCUUCGCAAACUGCAACUGAGUUUAAUUGUGCUAUGAAAGCAACGUUAACAGAGGACAUAAGUAAUUACAAAACGGGCUGUUAUCAGACAAUAUGGAAGUCAUCGUUUGGUAAUACAGCGAUCGCUGUUCCGGUGCUAGUUAUCUGUGGAAUUGUUCAGGUGCUUUUCAUUAUAUUUGCCAUUAUGGUGGCAAAAUCGGAGAAUGACAGAGUCUCGCCGAUAUAAUUUCCCAGAAGUCAGCAUACAAUUGUGUGAUCAUACUACAGUUUCCGUCCACUAGACUGUGAUAUCUUGUUUCUGAUUUUAAUGUCUAUUUUAUAUAUAACCAGUGAAAGGAAGGAUCUUCAUCAAGCACGUGAAAUCACAACCGUAUAGACUAGACUUUUGACUCCAAAAUGUUUCCUAUGACAAAAGUCCCUGUUGGUGCUUUUUCAUAAGAUUCUCUGUGAUUUUGAUUUUAUAAUUUGUGUUUAAGGGACUUGCAUUGAAUAAUGGAAUUUUAACGUGCUGUGUCAUUCUUUUCUAUGUGCAUGUGUGUUAAUGAUGACUAUGGAUUUUUUGUUUUAUGGAAUAUGAUAAUUAAUGUAAGGUCUAUCACGUUUACAUCUAUAUGCACAGUCAAACCUGUUAUAAAGACCACCUUUUGGAAAUGAGAAAAAAGGUCUUUAUAAAUAAGUGGUCGUUCUCAACAGGUACAACUCUCUAUUGUAUAUAUGGUAAACGAAAGGAGAAAAUGGUAACAUUUCAAUGAAGGCUUUAUUGUUGUUGUCUUUUAUUCGGAGGUGGUCAUUUAGUACAGGUUUGACUGUGGUUUGCUUAACUAUGUAAUAUAACUCUCUGUAACUCUCUAUUUUAAUUAUUUUAACGCUGACUAAUUGGUAUACGGUCGGUAAAAGAGAAUUCAGGUCAUACUAGCAAGAUCAGUACCUAUGUAUCGAGAAAUAGGAAGACUGGCCCAGAUAUUUUUGUUGUUGAGAGUUCUUUGUUGUUUUGUUUUGUUUUAUUUUGUUUUGUUUUGGGUAUUUUUUGCCAUUAAUGCUUUAAUCAGUUUUGAAAUACGCUCAAAAAUGUAUGCGUCUGAAAAAACGGAGACAUGUGGUCACAGAUAGCAGUAUUAGCUAUAUGUCAUUUAUGAAAUACUUUUUAAAAAUGAAUUAUCUACUUACUACAUGUGCUAAAGUUCUUAUCAUAAAUGCUAUCAAUGAUGUCUUUAAAUCAGUAGAUUGCUUUUUGAUAUGUGUGACUGUCAACAGAUUUUCAUUUUAUUUUGAAAUAAAUAAACAAAAAAUAAUGCUGAA